AUGGAAAAACAUAGUUCUACAUAUAUCGAAGAUAAUAAAUUUUAUUUCUAGUUUCUCUAGCUUUGCUUUUACAUUGCUUUAAAUAGCAGCGCCGAAUAAAUUAAAUGA